GUCAAGGAAACAUAUAUCCAGUGAACACCAAGACAGAGAAACAUGAAUCCCGUACACUCCUGUGCUGUACACCCCACUAACGGAGUAAAGGCUGCCUACCACGGACCUUAGAUCCUUGAUCACCUCAACCGUUGCAGCAAGAAUUGCCCGAAACGCGCGACGUCCCAUCUCGCUGAAGUCGACCCCUAGGCCCUAGGACUCCUUUGCUCUCUCGCCAUCCAACCCAUUUGGAGCUUCGGUCUGGACCACCAUGAUACCGGUUUUCUGUAUUGUGCCUGCUCGGAUCACGGAUCUCGACAGCGAACCAGACUCCAGAUUCCGUUCGAGUGUGAUCGCUGUCGCUUCGACCCUGUCAGGCGAAGAGAGCAGACAAGCUUCAAGGAUGCCAUGCCCGAUAUUUGCAACCACACCACAGACAGGUACUUGGUAUUUGGCACGGCUCUCCAGGUCAAUCGGAACCCUCCACACCGGCGCCAUGCCUUGAACCCUACUCGAUCUAAUUGUGGUGCAGGAGCACUGCACCGCACCCAUAGAUACUGAAUAGACGUCGACGUCUCUUCUUUGUCCUCACAGCCAGUACAGCCCGCACAACCACAUCUGGCUGGAGCUCUACUCGCGCGACUUCGUAUAUUACCUAGGCGCUGGACUGGGGGCUAUUCGCGGAUAUGCUGUGGCUGUCGCGUGUACCUUUGGCGCGUCCAGCACACCAGCACACCUGGGCACCUACCUAUCUUCCAUGUUGUCGUUGGCGCCGUGCCGCCACCCAGUGGAAGGCCAGUGGAGCAAGGUGGCUGGAACCCAGGGAAUCCUGGGCUCCACACGGUAACGCUUCUGCAUCUCAUCUUCACAGCCGUCGGAAGCUUUGACUGGCUGUCGUUUGAGAUGCAUUUUUGCUAUUCUAUUUAGGUGGGUUUUGCCUGUGGCCGCCCCCUGCGUGACCCCGCGAUAUGGCUGAAACCGCAGAAAAUCCUCGCUAAGGCCUGACGAUAGGACGUCGAUCUCCCAAUCCGUUCUCGAACACUCGAAUACCAGUCCCUUGAGAACUGUCAUGAGCCUGAGAUCCAUUCUUCUGGCGUGACUAUGCGUUCUUUGUUUCAACACCAAGAUACAUGACAAGGUUUGUUUCUCCAGGACUCCUGGUCUUUCGUGACUUUUUUCGUCCUGUCUUUGUCCUUUAAGAGCAGCUUCCUCGCCUAAUUUUCUCUUUAUUGUCACCCCUUCUUAUUAUGGUCAUCUUCAUCUUCACCUUUGAAUCAUGAACAACGAAAUUUGCGCCAACUAACAAUAGUCAUCGUGUCAAUGCUAUUCACAGACUUCUUCCUAUUGUUCUUUGUCCGCGCUGGCCGUUCUCCGACUAUUUAAUUACCCUCAUUUCCACCCAAAUUUGUUUCUUAAAUACUUUGCACUUCCGCGAAAAUCCUCAAUUCAGCCUUUUCGAAUUGCUUCAAACACUUUCCAAAAUAAUCUAUAACACAACACCUGUUCUCCAUCGACUUAACAGUUCAAGCUCGCAGGCGGGUUAUUGGCGGAAUCAGACCACCACAUACAUCUCAUACAACACCAGCAACACCGACGUCAGUAUGAGAUCGACAAUAUUACUUCCAGCAGGCUUAACAACCGCCAUCCUGUUGGCAUACAACACUGCGGUCUAUGCCCAUACAUGGGUAGAAGAACUCAGACUUGUCGCAUCUAAUGGCAGCUUCGUUGGCGCACCAGGUUAUAUUCGCAACUUUGGUCCAAGAAUUGCUGGAGUCGAUCCCAAUUCCAAUCUGUGGCUCCUACCUCCUAACGGGAGAGGUAAUGCUUUCCUUCCUACAGAUCUCAUGUGUCGAAGCACCCAGGUCAAGCCACAGCAGACCCCCGACUAUCCAACACUUACUGCGGCCCCCGGAGAUCACAUCGCACUUCGAUACUUGGAAAAUGGCCAUGUCACCUUGUUCACUACCCAGCCGGGCAAACCAGCAGGAAGAGGAACGGUUUUCAUUUACGCUACGAAGCAAAGUCAAGAGACAGAUACCUACCUCGGUAUCCACCGAGUUUGGAACACCGAAGGCACUGGAGGUGACAAGCGAGGCAAAUUGAUCGCUACUCGCCCCUUCGAUGAUGGCCAGUGCUUCCAGCGAAAUGGAAAAUCUGGUGCCCGAGAAGCUAAAGUUGGGGGCUUUACCGCUGAAAAUGGAGGCAGUGAUCUCCUUUGCCAGAACGACUUCAAAAUUCCCUCAGACGCUGGCACGUCUGGAUCUUACACACUCUACUGGGUAUGGGAGUGGCCUACGCUGAACAGCAACGGAGACGUCGUCACCAACGAAAGCUACACCUCAUGUAUGGACAUCAGUCUGACAUCGAAAGGUGUACCUGCUGCUGGGAAGUUCGUUGCACAGACGGCUGGCGGCAAAGCAGCCAAUUCUGUUGGCAUCGAAGCCCAGCUUGGCGACGAGCAGUUUCUCAUCAAUCCAACAGCUCCUCCACAGCCCACCUCUGACGAUCUCCCAGUCGGGGCAACCGGGGUACCUGUUCCGAAACCAAAACCAGACAAUGGAGCAGCAGACCCAAAGUCUGGAGCGCCUGCUCUCACAAAGUCAAAGACGAUUCAGCCAACACCGACAUCCCCACCAGCUCAAGGCUUCAAGACAGUCACCGUGACGGCCAAAGAGAUCGAGACAGUCUAUGUCACUGGAGCACCUUCGUCCUCUCCCACUUCAUCCCCUCGCACUUCAUUUACCACAGCCGCCAAUACAGUAUCUGUGGUUGUGGUAACGAGCACGGUAACCGUUCGUCCACCCGGCGCCACUGCCAGCUCAUCAGCUCCUCCAGUUUACAAUUCCGCCUUCAGUUCAUUCACAGCGGUUCCAAUGAGCUCUGUGCUCGCAACUGCCAUUCCAACACCAUCUCCUUUUCUCACUCCAGACAAUGAAGUCCAGCAGGCCGGCGCAGGUGCCGCGGCUGCUGAUCCUGCAACAUCUUCAUCAUCAUAUCCCACUCCUGCAGGACGACAGAGGCGGUCACGCAUUGAGAGACGCUCUGUCGAGAAGUGACUGUAACAAUGAUGAUGAAUCAACAUAUUAAAUACGGGGAGAUGAGCCCUGUAAGAGAGAGUACAUAUACAUAGGCACGACUCAGGCAACUGAGAAGCAUCGGCGUUCGGGAAGGGAGCUCUCACAGCAUUUGAACACUUUUUUUCCUUGCUUUUCAGCGUGGCGUUUAGGGGCAAACUAGACGGUAUACCCAGUCACGUUCUGCAUUCUUGGGAUGUUAUGAUGCAACGGUCGUUUUGUGCAUAUUGAAGAAAGAUCUGUUUUUGCCCUGCCUCCUGGAUGAGGAUGGGCUUGUUUAUGAAUGAUGAGCAACGGAUGCUUCACAAGGAAUGGGAAGGAAAAAGGAAAGGAAGAAAUGGACCACGGUACAUACUCAUGGAUGCUUUUGAGGCAUGACAUGCACAUAAAUAAAAAACUUAAAAGAAC